GCCUAAGCUGUCAUCGUUCAAAGGUCAUUGCAGCAAACCGGUCUUUCACACUUUAUCGGAGGAAGUAUGACUUCAAGAAACCUCACACGCUUUUGGGAAUGGGGGCGAAAGAUUAUUUGUGUUGGGAGGAAUUACGCAGACCACGCAAAAGAGCUUAAAAACGCCAUUCCAAAUGAGCCUGUGCUUUUCCUGAAGCCACCGUCGGCAUACCUGAGAGAGGGUAGCCCAAUAAUCGUGCCUGCAUACUCAAGCAAUCUGCAUCAUGAAGUUGAACUGGGGGUGGUCAUUGGCAAAGCAGGAACAGCGAUUCCCCGAGAAUCUGCGAUGGACCAUGUGGCCGGCUAUGUUCUUUGCUUAGACAUGACUGCGCGAGACGUUCAAGACGACUGCAAGUCCAAAGGUCUACCUUGGACCCUUGCCAAAGCCUUCAACACAUCCUGUCCUGUCAGUGAGUUCAUUCCCAAAACCAAGAUCCCUGACCCAGGGAACGUCAAACUGUGGUUAAAGGUGAAUGACCAGAUGAGGCAGAAUGGCAGCACAUCGCAAAUGAUUUUUUCCAUACCAUACCUCAUAAACUACAUCAGUGACAUUAUAUCCCUGGAAGAGGGAGAUCUGAUCCUCACCGGAACUCCCAAGGGGGUGUCCAGCGUCCAGGAACACGAUGAGAUAGAGGCAGGGAUAGAGGGCAUUGUCACCAUGUCUUUCAAAGUGGACAGGUUAUGAAACUGAAAUUCACCCUGCACGUUCCAUGCAGCCCAUUGAUGUGUUUUCAGUUGUAUGGGUCCAGUUAGCCAUAAGCUUUCUUUGACAUCUUGGAUUUUAACUAAUAGCCUACAAAUAAAAUUAUACCAAAUACAAAAUAUGUA